AUGGAUGAGAAGUGGAAGUUAUCAAAGAAAGAAGGUUCAUCUUCUUUCACAAGAAGUUUCUCGACUAAGAGUUCAUCUUCCAAGGCUCCUCUCUUGAGGACCUCGUCCCUUAAGAGCUCUUCUCCAAAGUGCCCUCUUCCAAGGAGUUUCUCUCAAAAAAACUCUUCUAUUUCACAUAAAUGUAGUAGCUUAGCCAAGGAACAGAAGGCAAGGUUUUAUAUCAUGAGGCGCUGUGUUGCCAUGCUUGUUUGUUGGCACAAACAUGGUGAUUCUUGAAGGAACAUGCAAAGAGAUCGAAUUCCGUUUUCCUCUCUGUUUUGUCUUUUGAUGGAAGAGAGAUUCCUUUUAGAUGGUGGAACUGGCAGUAAGGUAGGGGACAUUGUUAGCAAUUGGAUCUGCAUUGGGAGUGCCACUCAUCUCUCUACCAUUGAUAAAAAUGAGUUCUGUAAAAGGUAAUACCAGCAAAACUGAUGCUACUAUAAAUGACAACUUGCAUACAGUUUGAUUCUACA